AUGGCGUACAUACAAACAAUUUUCUGUAAGUAACUAAUGUUUUGAUUCUUACACCUUAAAAAAUAAGGUUCAAAAGAGCGAAAGUUUUAAAUAUUUAGUUUUAUUAAAAGAAGAUCAUUUGAGGAUUUUUUAUUGAUGCUCCAGUAUAGUAAUAUUCUUUGUAUAUUUUUUUGAAUAUCCAUUUAUUAAAAUAAUAAAUUCGAGCGUUUAAUACAAUAUCUAAUUAUGGUCGUUUUUCAGUUUCGUCAGUUUUUCUGGCUGUGUUCGUAGGUUACUUGGCAAACCGUUGGGGAUACAAUUUACCGCUUCCAAAACCGAAGGCCGUGGGGAUUGAUCUUGGUACAACCUUUUCCUCUGUUGCCAUACAUCAAGCUAUUAACGGCAAAACGGAUAUUAUCGAUGACGUGUUGGGAAAAAAGAGUAUUCCAAGUGUUGUCUCGUUUUUGUAAGUUUUUAACUGUUCUUAUUUUUUUACGACAGUAAAAAUUAUAAUAUAAAUAAAUAUUAUUGUUUUUUUAGUUUAUUAUUGUUAUCUUAAAAAAAGGAUAUAACGUUUUUUUUUAAAUUCAAAACGUCUUUUUUGGUAUAUAUAAAAAAACAGUUUGAUAUUGAUCAACUAAUUUAUAGACCAAACGGAACAGUACUUGUUGGAACGUUAGCAGUAGAACAUUUAGAGGUAUAUCCUAAGAACACAAUAUACGAUGCAAAAAGAUUUAUUGGGAAAACUUUUGAUGAAUCAGAUCCACAAUUUAAAGCCGACAGAGAUAGAUAUCCUUUUGAAAUCAAAUUGGAUGAGAACAAACGUGCUUAUUUUAGAGUCGAAUUGGAGGAAGGUGAACGGUAUGAUUUUCAUUUUUGUUUUUUACUUUAGUGCUUGACGAGGCUGCCAAAAAGACAAGUUUAUGUGGGAAUUUACAAAAUAAUAAUUUUUUGUAGAAAUCUGUAUCCUGAAGAAAUCGGCAGCCUGAUAAUAACAUAUCUUAAAAAUGCUGUCGAAAUGGCACGACAAAUUUCGUUUAAGAACCUGGUGAUAUCGGUUCCGGCUGAGUUUGCUGGCUCACAGCGCAACAAAACCAGAGAGGCGGCAGAAAUGGCAGGUUUUAAUGUAUGGAGGGUCAUCAGUGAACCGACUGCCGCCGCUUUGGCCUACGGAUUGGAUAAGAAGUCAGGAGUGACGUUUGUGAUUGUCGUUGAUCUUGGCGGCGGUACGAUGGACGUAGCGGUACUAAUGCUGCAAGGUGGAAUGUUUGUAACUCAGUCGUUAGCUGGGAACAAUCGUUUGGGUGGACAAGAUUUUAAUAAUUUAGUGCAAAAUUUUAUUGUUCAGGUAGGUUAAUUUUGCGGUAAAUUUUGCUAGCUAAUUAACACUAAUUAAUGUCCUGUUAGGUAAUGUUUCGUUUCACGUCAAGUAUAUUUUGACGUUUGUUUUUCAAUAACUUUUUUUUGUUUAAAAGACGAUUUCUGAGACCAUGAAGCAUCCUGAAACGGCCGUGUGCCCUAGAAAUUUACCCCCUGUUUUUAUUUGAUAAAUCGAUGACUAGGCCCGUUCUAAGACACAUGGUAAAGCGAUUUUGGCUAAAAUGCCGUUUUGGCAUUUUUAUGCCACUUUUUGACAUAAAACAGUUUAAAUUUUGUAAAAAUCCAAAAAUGCUUCAAAAGCUUUGAAAAUGUGCAUGCGUACGUUUUCGACCAUGCUGAACAAAAUUGUAAUUGAAAAUUUUUUUCUUGGGUUACCGUAAACUACCGUAAUCCAAUCGGUCGGUUAUAAAAGUGCAAAUAUCUAAAAAUUUAGCACGGAUCUUCAUGGACAAUGUUUACAUAUUUAAAAUCUACAUUUAACGUAGAUAUUGUUAGACUAUACGUUAACUUCUAGGGCUGCGUAUUUUGGGGAGUUUUGGCCGUUUAAAAAAUUACCGUAUCUUACGGUCAAAAUAUUAAAAAAUCAUAACAGCAUUUGUACUGCUGUGAAUAGUGUCAAAUUUGGCAUGGUUAUGUUUUUGAAACUUCUAAACAAAAUCGUAAUUAAAAAUUUUUUUUCUAUUGUUACCGUAACCUACCGUAAUCCGACCGGUCGGUUAUAAAAGUGCAAAUAUCGAACAUUUGCUAUUGUUAAAAAUAAGUUGAAGGUAUAAAAUCAGUUAAAAUUGUUACAGUAGCAACAAAACGUAACAUUAUUUUCUUUAUUUCUUGAUAAGUUUUAUAGUUUUUAAUAAGGUUACAGUAGUAAACAAUAAUUAUAGCUAAAACGUUUAGUUAGAACCUUUCAUGUUUUAUAACAUGUUUUAAACAUUGGCAUUAUUACUAAAGUUAUAGAAACAUUUAUAUUUGUUUUACAAUUUGAUAUGUAAUUCACUAAGUUGUUCGAUAUUUGCACUUUUAUAACCAACCUUUUUUCCAACCGGAUUACGGUAGGUUACGGUAAUCAUAGAAAAAAAAAUUAAUUACAAUUUUGUUUAGAAUAGUCAAAAACAUAACUAUACUAAAUUUGACACUAUUUACAGAAGUACAAACGCAGUUAUGAUUUUUUAAUAUUUUGACCGUAAGAUACGGCAAUUUUUUAAACGGCCAAAACUCCCCAAAAUACGCAGCCCUAGAAGUAAACGUACAGUCUAUUAAUAUCUACGUUAAAUGUAGAUUUUGAAUAUGUAAACAUUGUCCAUGAAGAUCCGUGCUAAAUUUUUAGAUAUUUGCACUUUUAUAACCGACCGAUUGGAUUACAGUAGUUUACGGUAAUCCUAGAAAAAAAUUUUCAAUUACAAUUUUGUUCAGCAUGGUCAAAAACGUACGCAUGCACAUUUUCAAAGCUUUUGAAGCAUUUUUGGAUUUUUACAAAAUUUAAACUGUUUUAUGUCAAAAAGUGGCAUAAAAAUGCCAAAACGGCAUUUUAGCCAAAAUCGCUUUACCAUGUGUCUUAGAACGGUCCUAGUCAUCGAUUUAUCAAAUAAAAACAGGGGGUAAAUUUCUAGGGCACACCUUGCUUCACGGUGUCAGAAAGCGUCUUUUAAAUGUAAGCAACUAUCAAAUAUAGUUUAUAUAAAUUUUAGAAAAUUGAACUUCAAUCGAAUACCAAAUUGACUAACAGGGAAGAUUUACAACAGUUACGAUUAGCUAUAGAGCAAGCGAAAAUCCGACUCACGGACCGACAUGAAACAUGGAUAAGAAUAAAUUUGAAGCAGACUGGCCGCUUCGAAUACUUGUUCACCAGAGAAGAAUUUGAAACUGUUUGUGAUUCCUUGUUUGACGCCGUUGUUGAUCCAAUUGAAGCCGCGUUAGAAGAUGCUGAGUUAAAACCGACGGAUAUUGACGAGAUUGUUUUAGUUGGCGGAUCCACCCAAAUGCCCAAAGUUCGACAAAUUGUGGGUAGAAUGUUUGGGUAUGUUGAAAAAUUUCAAUUAUAUUUUUUCUUAUAAGACAAUGUUUUUUUUUUUCGUUUUUUCACGUACAGGUACCAUCUACCUGUGGUUUUUUUCGGAUCGGCUCUGGGGGGGGAGUCACCCCGAACCACCCCCCCCCCAACGACGUCCCUGCUGAAAACAAUAUUGAUAUUAAUAACGCAACUUUAGAAAAACGCCAAAUUUUGGAAUCAAUCCCGAAUUAGCCGUUGUCACAGGUGUAGCUGUUCAGGCCGACGUGCUGGCUGGUGGAUGGCCGUUGAAAGUCGCCGCUUUAGAAUUGGGGUCAGGGCACAGAAAACGACAUAUUUAUAGUAAAGACGCUGCUCAUAACAGGAUUCAUGAUACUGAAAAACUAGACCUGUAG